AGAUUUCCUGGCAAGAAGAAAAAGAACAACUAUAUAAAGCCACGAACCGACUCCCGCUAUUUCUGCCCAACGAAACAUAACAACUCAAAACUCUCUCUCUCUCUCUCUCUCGCUCUGCCAAUCGAAACUACAAUCUCUUUAUCUCUCUGUCUACACGUUAUGGAUUCCCCUAGUCGCUGCUCUGUGAUCGUCGUUGGGGCAGGAGUUUCCGGUAUAUCGGCGGCGAAGGUGCUCGCGGAGAACGGAGUGGAGGACCUGGUGAUUCUCGAGGCGUCCGACCACGUCGGAGGGAGGAUCCGGAAGGAGGACUUCGGCGGCGUGUCGGUGGAGCUCGGGGCCGGUUGGAUUGCCGGCGUCGGCGGCAAAGAGUCCAACCCGGUCUGGGAGCUCGCACGGAAUUCCGGCCUCCGGACCUGCUUAUCCGACUACAGCAAUGCGCGGUACAACAUCUACGAUCGAAGUGGGAAGAUAUUCCCGAGUGGACUCGCCGCCGACUCGUACAAGAAAGCGGUGGACUCGGCGAUUCAGAAGCUCAGGAACCAAGAGGCUAACAAUGGCGGCGACCCUUUAGAUUUGCCAUCGACACCCAAAACGCCAAUUGAGCUUGCCAUUGACUUCAUUCUUCAUGAUUUUGAGAUGGCAGAAGUUGAGCCAAUAUCGACUUAUGUAGAUUUUGGCGAGCGGGAAUUCCUAGUUGCUGAUGAAAGAGGGUAUGAGUACCUGCUCUACAGAAUGGCUGAAACUUUCCUGUUUACUUCAGAGGGUAAAAUCCUGGAUGGUCGUCUACAGCUGAACAAGGUGGUUCGAGAUUUGCAGCACUCGAGAAACGGCGUGACGGUAAUAACGGAGGAUGGCUGCGUCUACGAAGCCAAUUACGUGAUUUUGUCUGUUAGCAUUGGCGUUCUCCAAAGCGACCUCAUCUCCUUCAGACCUUCCUUGCCCCGGUGGAAAACAGAGGCCAUAGAGAGAUGUGAUGUGAUGGUGUACACAAAGAUCUUCCUAAAGUUUCCGUAUAAGUUUUGGCCAUGCGGGCCAGAGAAAGAGUUCUUUAUUUAUGCUCACGAGCGGAGAGGUUACUACACAUUUUGGCAGCACAUGGACAAUGCAUACCCCGGGUCUAAUAUUCUUGUUGUGACGUUGACAAAUGGAGAAUCGAAACGUGUUGAAGCUCAAUCAGAUGAAGAGACUUUGAAAGAAGCUAUGGAGGUACUUCGGGACAUGUUUGGGCCCAACGUACCUAAUGCCAUUGAUAUACUUGUGCCUCGUUGGUGGAACAACCGGUUCCAGCGGGGCAGUUACAGCAACUACCCCAUCAUUUGUAAUUAUCAAGCUGUUCAUGAUAUUAAGGCUCCCAUAGGACGAAUAUUUUUUACUGGAGAACACACAAGUGAAAGGUUCAAUGGCUAUGUCCAUGGUGGAUAUCUCUCAGGUAUUGACACUAGUAAAGCUUUACUGGGAGAAAUGAGGAAAGAGAGUGAAAGAAAAAGUGAGAAUCAAACCUUUCUGCUGGAACCCUUGCUAGCUUUGACGGGGUCGCUAACAUUAACCCAAACAGAUGCAGUCUCAAGUCUCCACAAAUGUGAUAUCCAGCUUUUUCUUGGUAGUAAUCUUGGCAUUCCAGAAGCCAUCUUAUGACUAAAUGGACCUGUGAGCAAACACCAUUUUGCUGAUGAUAAAUACAUUACUUAUGGGAAAGAUGGCCAGCUUGUGGAUCAAAUCCACGUUGAGUCCUCAAUGCCCUCUGCUAAGUAGAACAAAGGAGAUACAAUGCAAGAAAAUAAAGGCCUGUUUAGUUGUGGAAAAUUCAUUUUUUUCCCAUUUCUAGCUUUUUCAAAGAACAAAUAUACCACCUUGUUUUCAGUUUUCAAGGUUUAUAUGGAGACCUGAGAAAAUAAAAAUAAAAAACUAUAUUUUCCAAGUUUCCUAUACAAAUCUUGAAAAGUUAAAAAACAUGUUGGCAUUUUUGUGAUUCUUUAGAAACCUAAAUAAAAUAUGAAAAUUAUUUCCACAACUAAACAGACCCUAAGACUUGCACAGGGGCAAACAGAUCUGUCAUUAUUCGCACGAGAAAGUUUCAUUAUCAAUGGAGUAUCAGGGGUCAGGGUUUUGGAGAGGAUUGAUUCAAGCAUGCAUAUAAAGUUUGUUCAUUGGAGCAGAGAACCAAGACUGGGGUGCAGGACAUACUUCCAACUCUAAUUGUACUGGUGGUUUGGUGUGCAUACACAAGAAAUUGAAAUGGAAUGACCUCUCUUUCAUCAUCAUCUUCAUCUUAGCUAUUCCCCUUUUCUCUCUUUAAAUUCAUUUAUGGCUUGAUGUAUGUGCAUUAUAUAAUGCUUCAAAUUUGGUGAGACAGAAUCAUACCAUAGCUUUGGAAAUUUAGAAUUUUCAGUGCAUCAUCAAUGAAAAUGCGAAACUUUCAUCAAGAA